CAACCGGCUACACGAGCUCUGAUGGAGAACUGUACGCUGCUAUGAAAAUCUUCAAAUGAAGAUGCAGUAAACCCGCGACCAGUCGGGCGCUGCGGACAGACCUCCGUGCUGGCGGCGCACAUCCUUCCGCAACUGGAUCACCACCUGCGAAUGGUACGGGUCGUGCAGGAUGAAACUACAGAAAAUGCCCACGCUUUCGCAAUCAGCAGUUUUUUGCGGUUUUUUUCUCCUGCUUUUUUGCUUUUGCUUCCAACGAAGGAACAAGAAGAAAAACGUGACUCACGAGCACGACGUCAAUUUUAUGCUUUCGAGAACUGUUUUUUGUUUUACCACGUUGAUCCUGAGAACCUGAAGUCCCUUUUUCACUAUAGAUACUGUUGUUUACACCAAUCUUCAUGGUAGAAAUCCACGACGAGGGUUGAUUACGGACCCAAGCUGAGCUGCAAGUCCAAGGACUCGGACUGCUUCUGUAAAAACUGAUGCUGAAGAAUCGUCUAUGUUUCUUUUUUGAUUUGUUUCGCAUGCACGUCGUCCGUCCCGUAUGGCAUUGUAAAAUCUUAAUCUAAAUAAUCGACGAAGAAAGCAGAAAAAACAAAAAGGAAAACGAAAUGAUAAUCUCCAUCUCCGCAGCGGUUUUAUUGAAAAUUGACACUGAGGCGACCCUCUCAGAUACAGGACGAAACAAUAUUUUGCAGCGCAGGA